CCCUUCCCUGCCCUCCUCCUCCUCCCCUAUGUGGUGCUCCCGGGAGCCCAGCCCAACACUGGAGCGUCUCCUGCUCGCGCACGCCAGAAGCAGCUCGGGGUCUCUCCGCCGCCCCUUGGCCAUGGCCGCUGUGCUGACGGCGCCCGCUCCACUGCGCUCCCUGGGCCCCCGCCACUGCAGCCGCUGCCGCCGCAGCUUCUGAGCCUAAGGGGCCGCCGCUGCCGCCGCCGCCGCCGCUCGCCCGCCCGGAUCCCGCCUGCGGCAGUUGCCGCACAACAUGCUACCUGCGGCCGCCUCGGCGGCUCCUGGAACACCGGUUCGCGGCGAUGCCAGCCACCCCAGCGAAGCCCCGCAGUUCAGUGCUUGGAUAAUUUGAAAGUACAAUAGUUGGUUUCCCUGUCCACCCGCCCCGCUUCGCUUGCCAUCACAGCACGCCUAUCGGAUGUGAGAGGAGAAGUCCCGCUGCUCGGGCACUCUCUAUAUACGCCUAACACCUACAUAUAUUUUAAAAACAUUAAAUAUAAUUAGCAAUCAAAAGAAAAAGGAGAAAAGGAAGGGAAGCAUUACUGGGUUACUAUGCACUUGCGACUGAUUUCUUGGUUUUUUAUCAUUUUGAACUUUAUGGAAUACAUCGGCAGCCAAAACGCCUCCCGGGGAAGGCGCCAGCGAAGAAUGCAUCCUAACGUCAGUCAAGGCUGCCAAGGAGGCUGUGCAACAUGUUCAGAUUACAAUGGAUGUUUGUCAUGUAAGCCCAGACUAUUUUUUGUUCUGGAAAGAAUUGGCAUGAAGCAGAUUGGAGUGUGUCUCUCUUCAUGUCCAAGUGGAUAUUAUGGAACUCGAUAUCCAGAUAUAAAUAAGUGUACAAAAUGCAAAGCUGACUGUGAUACCUGUUUCAACAAAAAUUUCUGCACAAAAUGUAAAAGUGGAUUUUACUUACACCUUGGAAAGUGCCUUGACAAUUGCCCAGAAGGGUUGGAAGCCAACAACCAUACUAUGGAGUGUGUCAAUAUUGUGCACUGUGAGGUCAGUGAAUGGAAUCCUUGGAGUCCAUGCACGAAGAAGGGAAAAACAUGUGGCUUCAAAAGAGGGACUGAAACACGGGUCCGAGAAAUAAUGCAGCAUCCUUCAGCAAAGGGUAACCUGUGUCCCCCCACAAAUGAGACAAGAAAGUGUACAGUGCAAAGGAAGAAGUGUCAGAAGGGAGAACGAGGUUUGCAUUUUCUGCUCAACUUAUGAAGCAUAUGUGGUCUCCUAAAUGCUGUGUGAAUCAUUGGACAUGUCAGACACGAAGCAAACUCCCCACCCCAGGAGGCUUCUCAGCCCGAAGCAAGCUGAAAGUGAGUAGAGUUCCAAGAGGGAAUACAACAUGCAUGUGCGAGGAAAGCAGAUGCAGCAUGACUUUGGGUUUGUUCUUUGGGAACACACAACUAUAUGGAAAAAUACAUGCUGCUCCCAAUUGCUGUAGACAUCUGCUGAUGGCACGUGAGAUUGAGACUAGGGAAUGGUGCAGAAUUUCUCCUAGAGUAUUGUAGUUUAACUUUGGAAGCAAGGGGAACUGGCUGUUAACAGAAUACGAGUUUCAUUCUGACAUGAAAAUUGCACAGCAUGUUCAUUCAUGUGGACACACAGUGGGCGUUAAGCUAUUUCUUUAUAAAAGCAUGGGAGCAUUGAUUUCCUUUAGCAGUAUUGUUUGAUAUCUAUUUACAGUUUAGUUGGUUGUCAAACAUCAAUCCACUUCUAAUAGCAUGUGUAUUUGUGAUACCUUGCUUGUGGCAAAGGCUUAAAAAUUCAAAGAGGCUUUUAAAUACUUUUUAGGCAUGAAAUUGAGCUCACAAAAUAAGCUCGAUGGCAAAUUAGUCAGGAACACAUGGAUAUGUUUCGUUUAAAUUGUAUACAGUUUUUCAGAAUUAAGAUGUGGUAAAAUCUACUAACAGUCUAUUAAGCCUUCUAAGGCACUUGCAACAGAACUAGAGCUUUGCAAAUUCAAGGUUGGCCUAAUAGAAAAAAGAACAAAUUUGUGUUUGCAUUUUAGCAUUGCCUGAGUAUUUUUACAAACAGUUCAUUUAGCAUAAUUUUGAAAUGGUGGAUAUGUUCUUAUCAGAGGACUAAGAAGUAUGAAGAGAGCAAAAGAAACAUGUUUAAAAAAUCAGGAUAAUAGAUCCGUUAAGAAACUGCUUCUGUGCUAGCUUUUAUUUUGUUACCAUUGUCCUAUGGGAAGAUAGGACUAUCUUUUCGAGUUGGACUCGAAAGUUAUAGGACUAUAACUUUUCUAGUUGAUCUCCUUGCUACCAUAUUCUCUAGAGCCACUAGAAUGGAUCUAGUCUUCUUCUGUUUCCUCAAAGAUUUAAAUAUGUGUAUGAUACACAGUUAUUUAUCACUUCAAUAAUAAAAUAAUUGAAAGUAAUUGUAUGGAGUCAUAGAAUUGAACAUAGUCAGCAACACAUUUUUUUUUUAAGUAUUUUAUGGUCUAUUUGUGUUUCUUUUCAGUGAUAUAAGAGAUUUACAUUUGAAUUACCCAAGAAAGUUUUCUUAGGGCAGUUCAAAGGGAAGUCUAACAGAAACAGUGUUUAGGUUGAUGGAGAAGCUUUCUACCCUUGGGCAGCUUUCUCUUAAACUUUAAGCUAACCAUGGAAUCAUAUGAGUGAGGAACUCUUAGACUUCUGUCAUUUAUAUCCCUGACUUUAAGCAUAGAUGCAUGAAGAUCUAUUUGAUUUUAAGACUUUUUAGUGAAUAGGUUUUCAACCUUACUUCAGUGCAAAAAGGUGAUUUUCCCCAGCUCAUCAAAAGCUUUCAAUGCUCAUUCUCUUUACAUUCAAUAAUUCAUGUGUCUCCUAAUGUAUACAUUUUCCCAAAUUAAAUGUAAUUUAUUCAUUUUUAUUUUUUCCUAUAUUUGCCCUUUCGUCUGUCUUAAGUUUGCCCAUUUGUUUUAUUUUGGUUAUUUGUCUAACUUAGAAAAUAGAAUUCCCUUAUUGAAUACAAAGUCCCAAAGCAUAUUAUUUAGUUUGUGUUUCAAUAUUCAGCAUCUUGCUGAAUAGGUGACUACUUCAGUUAUCAAAUACUACUACCUGGCCAUAUCGAUUUUGUUCAUAUAUGAGCAUAAAUUAUUGGAAAACUUUAUACUUUUGGAUCAUUUACAUCUAAAAAUCAUAGUUUGUUUCAAUAUUAAUUUGCUUAAGAAAUCCUUUUUCUCCCUGUCAAUAUUGCAGUGGCCAAUUUUAGCACAGUUGUGGCAGUUCCUUCCAACUCAUAAAUUACAAAUUGAUGGGCUUAAACUGAUUUUGUUAUUACUCAGCCUCAUUUCUGCAUCUUAAGACUAGUCUCAUUCUGAAAACUAGUAAGAAGAGAUCUAAUAUCAAACCUGGAUAUUCUUAAAGCCUGGAUUCUUUAAGACUGGUUCACCAAAUUUUAUAACACCAGUAAAUGUGGACACAUUAUAUUGAAUAAGGGUAUUGUUAGCCAAAUUCUCUCUAAGAUUCAUCUUAAAUUGUUUUCUUAUAAGAAUUGUGUAUUUAUCAUUUUAAAAAUCACUAUUAUUUUAAAACACUUAGAAAGUGACUAUCUGAAAAUGAUAUGCCUUUGGAUGCUCUGUAAUGUUAAACAGACCCAGACAUAAAGACAAAAGUAAAUUCCAGGGUAUUUUUGUAGCUGUGGAAUCACCAUAAAAAGGGGUUUUUGACCCUAAUGUUACCGUAACAUUGUCUUCAGCAUUUCAUAUUUAAUUACAGUAGAUUACUCACCAAUAUAAUAAAUAUAGAUUUAUGAGAUACUUUAAUGUUCUAAAACAAAUGAAAACCACCCAAGAGGAACCUCACCAAACCUGAGGUUGUCCAGAUUGCAUUGACUAAGAUUAAGUGAAAGAUCAUUCAUCUCCAGAGGUCACGCAAUUAAUCUCAGAGUGGGAGUUAAAGCAAUGACUAAGCAGAAAAGGAAGCCAAAUACAAGUUUGUAACAAAAGGAGCUGGGGCUCCAACAUCAAGGAACUUGUUAUUUCCUUUUUAUUUUAUUUAUUUAUUAUUUUUUUGAAUAGACCUAAAACACUCAUUCCUUACUACUGGUUUCUUUGGGUCCUAAAAUUCUGCUUGGUUGGGUCAGCUAUUUUCCAUGACUAUUUUUGAUACGGUCAAACAAAUACAAAGAAUAAGUUUUUAAAAAACUACAAUGGGUUUUCAUGUCUAGGGAAACAUGACACUUCAUUUUAUUGUCAACAGAAAGUAAUUUAGGAUGAAUGUAUAAUAAUCCAGUAUUUGGACAAUGAAAAAGCUCAAGAUACACUUUAAGGAAGACAUAUUAUACUCCAGAGUUUUAUAAUUAUUUAAAUUCAAAUAAAAGUCAAAAUUAUCUUCAUUUAACUCAGGUGACACCUGUUGCAAAAUAUUGAGGAAAAUGUUUGGCUGUCAUUCCGUGAAGCUGAAUCUUUAUACCCUUGCUUGAUAAUCUCUACAAUUCCCUGUGGCAGCAAAUUUUUAUUUCUGGUAAACACAACUUGUUUUUUCCUUCACCUGAUUGAGAUUCCUAAACCUUGUAUUUUAAACCAAGAAUAAUUUUGAACUUGAUCGUUCCUUACUGCGAGGACUUCCUCCAACGAGGGUGAAUUUUGACCCGUGGUUAGCCUGCCUUUGGAGUUUAUGAUGUGAAGUGCCACAGCUGAUGGCCCAUGAAAGAGACUGUUAAGUCUAUUGCUCACAUCAAUAUUCCCGCUGGAUAUUUUGCUCAUUCCUUGGGAAUUUCAAAGAAUAACAAAUAACCAACAAAUCAUCAAAAACUAUAACAUGUUACCCAAUUCUUGGGCAUAAGCCAAUGAGACUAAAAUCUGCUUAAGUAUCACAAAUGUGAAUUCCCAGCAUUUCAAGCUUGUAAACUGUAUCCAACACUCACCAACG